AUGUCCGACGAAGUCAUCCUCUACGAUCUCCCCUCCAAGGGAGGUUUCUCUUGGAGUCUGAAUCCGUGGAAAACCCGUCUUGUGCUCAACUACAAGGGCAUCCCGUACAAGACCGAGUGGAUCGAAUAUCCGGAUCUGAAGCCGACGUUUACAAAGUUUGGCAUCCCUCCCAACACCAACCAACCAUGGGAAUACACCUCGCCGGCCGUCCGCCUCCCGUCGGGCGAGUACGUGAUGGAGUCGCGCGCCAUCGUCGAUAAGCUCGAGAAGCUAUACCCGUCGCCGCCAUUGUACCUGGACUCGCCGUACCUGGCGCGGGUGGAGCAGCUCCUCCCCAAAGUGGCGACGGCGUUCCGCCCCAUCUUCAUGCCGGGGGUGCCUAAGACGUUUCUGAAUCCACCGUCGCACGCGUACUUUGUGGCGUCGCGCGAGAAAUCCGUCGGCAUGACGCUGGACGAGUACGAGGCCAAGAACGCCGAGCAGGCCUGGAAGGACGUCGAGGCCCCGGUCAAGGAACUGGGCGAGCUCUACGCCGAGAACCCCGACGGGCCCUUCCUCUUGGGCAAGCAGCUCUCGUACGCCGACAUCAUGGUCCUGGGCUUCCUGCGCAUGAUUGACCGCUUGGGCCACAAGGAGAGGUUCCUCGCGCUCGAGGGCGGUGAUAAGCUCAGGGCGUUGUAUGAGGCCAGUGCGAAGUGGCUGGAGAGGGAUUCUUACUGA